GGAGUAUGUUGCUGCAGCACUGUAAUAAUGACAGAGAUGCUCUCCAGUUUUAUGCAGACUUCCUCAUAAAGGAAGGCAAUUUCCAGGGAGUUGUGAGGGAGCUGAGGCAGAGAGACUGGCUCUUACAGCCAAGCUAAAAAUGGCUUGGCUUGGGAAGGAAGUGCAGCCAUAGGGCAUGGACAGCAGGAGCAGAGGAGCUUACAGCUUUCAGGAGUUACUGUGCCUGUCCCUCACAUCAGUCUCAUGCACAGUGGGAUGAGCUCUGCCAUUUUGUUAUCCCCAUGUUCUUGCAUACCACGUUUUCUUUGUCCUUUCUUUGUUAGCAUAUCUCUGAUUUUCAUCCAGCCCAAGCCACCUUUUCCAAAGUGUAUGAUCUGGCAGCAAUUUUCUGACAGUCCACUUCCUUCAGAGUGCCUCUUUGAUGCUGAGGGUCCUUCUCUGACAUUAAGAAAGCCAUAGCUUGCACCAUAACUCCCCAGGGACAGACAUGCUGAGAGCCAAGGAUGCUCUCCUGCGCCUGCGGCCCUGCCGCUGCUCCUGCCUGGCACAACCGCCAGCCUGCCGGCCCGCCUGGCGUUUGCUGCACCGGCAGCCGCUGCACCCCGAGUGGGCUGCCCUUGCUGAAAAGCAGCUGAAAGGCAAGAAUCCAAAGGAAUUAAUUUGGCACACCCCAGAGGGGAUUGACAUCAAGCCCUUAUACUCCAAAAGGGACACGGAAGACCUCCCUGAGGAGUUGCCAGGCGUGAAACCUUUCACUCGAGGCCCCUACCCAACCAUGUACACGUACAGGCCGUGGACCAUCCGCCAAUAUGCUGGCUUCAGUACAGUAGAGGAGAGCAAUAAGUUCUACAAGGACAACAUUAAAGCUGGCCAGCAGGGAUUAUCUGUUGCUUUUGAUUUAGCCACCCACCGUGGUUAUGAUUCAGACAAUCCACGAGUUCGAGGAGAUGUUGGAAUGGCUGGAGUUGCCAUUGAUACAGUGGAAGACACCAAAAUCCUUUUUGAUGGAAUUCCUUUAGAGAAAAUGUCAGUUUCUAUGACAAUGAACGGAGCAGUGAUUCCUGUGUUGGCAACGUUCAUUGUCACUGGAGAAGAACAGGGAGUGCCUCAGGCCAAGCUGACAGGGACGAUCCAAAAUGACAUCUUGAAGGAGUUCAUGGUCCGAAAUACGUACAUUUUCCCCCCAGAACCAUCCAUGCGGAUUAUUGCUGACAUCUUCCAGUACACCUCAAAGUAUAUGCCAAAAUUUAAUUCCAUUUCGAUCAGUGGGUACCACAUGCAAGAGGCAGGAGCUGACACCAUUCUGGAAUUAGCUUAUACCAUAGCAGAUGGCCUGGAGUACUGCAGAACUGGACUUCAGGCUGGCCUUACCAUUGAUGAAUUUGCACCCAGGCUCUCCUUCUUCUGGGGAAUUGGCAUGAACUUCUAUAUGGAAAUAGCUAAGCUGAGAGCUGGGCGGCGGUUGUGGGCUCACUUGAUAGAGAAAAUGUUUAAGCCCAAGGAUCCAAAAUCUCUUCUGCUGAGAGCUCAUUGUCAGACUUCAGGCUGGUCCCUCACUGAACAGGAUCCCUUCAACAACGUUAUCCGUACUACAAUCGAAGCCAUGGCUGCAGUGUUUGGAGGCACACAGUCUCUGCAUACAAAUUCAUUUGAUGAAGCCUUGGGUUUGCCUACAGUGAAGAGUGCUCGCAUUGCUCGGAACACACAGAUCAUCAUUCAAGAGGAGUCAGGUAUUCCUAAAGUGGCUGACCCCUGGGGGGGAUCUUACCUCAUGGAGUGCCUCACCAACGAUGUCUAUGAAGCUGCUUUAAAGCUUGUUGAGGAGAUUGAAGAAAUGGGUGGAAUGGCCAAAGCUGUUGCUGAGGGAAUUCCCAAACUUCGCAUUGAAGAGUGUGCAGCCCGAAGACAAGCCAGGAUUGAUUCUGGGUCAGAAGUAAUUGUUGGAGUAAACAAGCAUCAGCUAGAGAAAGAGGAGACAGUCGAAGUUCUGGCUAUUGAUAACACUUCAGUCCGUAACAAGCAGAUCGAGAAGAUUAAUAAGGUGAAGGCUAGUAGAGAUCAGGCAGCAGCCCAGCAGUGUCUCUCUGCUCUAACACAGUGUGCAGCUACUGGGGAAGGCAACUUGCUCGCUCUUGCAGUGGAAGCAGCACGUGCAAGGUGCACUGUUGGAGAAAUAACUGAUGCCAUGAAGAAGGUGUUUGGGGAGCACAAAGCCAGUGACCGAAUGGUGAGCGGAGCUUAUCGCCAGGAGUUUGGAGAGAGUGAUGAAAUUCUUCAUGCCAUCAACAGAGUUAACAAAUUCAUGGACCGUGAGGGGCGCAGACCUCGUAUACUUGUUGCAAAGAUGGGUCAAGAUGGCCAUGACAGAGGAGCUAAAGUUAUUGCUACAGGAUUUGCAGACAUUGGCUUUGACGUGGACAUCGGUCCCCUAUUCCAGACACCCCGAGAAGUGGCCCAGCAGGCGGUUGAUGCAGAUGUGCACUGUGUUGGUGUGAGCACACUGGCAGCAGGUCAUAAAACUCUUGUGCCUGAACUCAUCAAAGAACUCAACAGCCUUGGCCGGCCAGACAUUCUUGUCAUGUGUGGAGGUGUCAUCCCACCUCAGGACUACGACUUCCUGUAUGAAGCUGGUGUUACCCAUGUCUUUGGUCCAGGGACUCGCAUUCCAAAAGCAGCUGUCCAAGUGUUGGAUGAUAUUGAGAAGUGCCUGGAGAAGAGGCAGCAAUCCAUGUAAUGUCAAAAUGUCCCACAACACAACCAGCCUUAUAUUGAUCACUUAUGGAAUGUAAUCAUCAGCAAGGGAGGGCCAGCCACGUACCUUUGGUUCCACUGCGAUGUCUCCUGGUGUUUUGUGCUUUCUAAGAAAGUUUUAAAUUCUCUGCAUGUUCUAGUUGAAGAUUAUUUAUAUACAUACCCACAAGAAAAUGUUACCUCUAGGACUAUGACUUCAAGGAACAAAGGGAAUUCAGUAGGUGGGUUUGGUUUGCUUUUUUUCCAAUAUACUGAUAAAUAAAACAUCUGUUCCAGCUCGUUGGUCAA